GCUCUUCUUCUCCUUUCUUCCCGCUGCAGCCACUCGAAAGAAAAAAAAAGGGGAACCCAGCCAUGCCUUUGAGAAACAGGUGAGAUAAGCUUGGUUUUCUCCUUCCUUUCUUGCUCUAGAACACACCUAGAACCCAGAAAUUUUCCCCCCCUGCUGGAAAAUCCGGAUCUACCCUGCUCUGCUUUGUCCUUCCGCCGGCUGCUCUUGAUUGUGGGUGAUUUCUGAGCAUUUUUUUUCGUUCCGUGAGCUUCCCCUUGCACUGCCGCCGGCUUCUCUCCCCCUGCAGCUCCGGUUUCUACAACUGGAGAAUUAUGGAAGUGAAACCGAGGACGGGGAAACCACAGGAAGUGACGAGUUAGAAGGCUAGCCAUAUUUUAAUUGGAUAUGAAUUUUAGAAACAAAUCAUGAUCUUGUAUUUGGAGAUUUUAUGAUAUCAGAGAGAAUUUUAUAAUUUGAUCUUCAGAUUUUGGUGGUAUCAGAGUGUGAUAUGAUAAGUUCCGAGCCUUGUGCACUUGUGGGACCCGUCUCACGAGUGCACGGCGUUUGCCACGUCCCCGGAUUUGGGUUCUGGGGUGUGACAUCGACCUUGGUGGUGAGACAAGCACCCGAGGUGAUGGCAACAAUUGUGACGAGGAUGUGAGUGAUGGUGGAGGUGAUGGCACCAUGGAUAGCGGGGAUAGCACCAGAAGAAGUAACGGCGAUGGCGUUUAAAGAAACAAAAAUUGUGAAUCUGCUUCUACUUAAUUAUCUAAGCCUAAGAGACACCCAGAUCUGGGUUUGAGAACUGGGUUUUUCUCAAACCCAGAUUUGGGUUCUUCUCAAACAUGCAUAAAGAAAAGCACAUGAACAUUCGUAGAAGCUGUGGAGCUCUGUGAAUUGCAAUGGCAUCUAUUUUGUAAAUCUCGAAACCCUAUCUUUUUUUCUGCGUUUAAAGAUUCUUCUCUAUUUCUCUCAAGAACAAGCUAGCCACUGGUGAGAGCUUCAUUGUUGUUCUAUUUUUUCUAACUUUUGUGGUUGAUUCUUGGUCUUGAUUUUGCUACUUUUCUUUGUCUUGAUGGAACUAGAAUUUUCAAUUCU